CAGACGCCUCCCAAUUGGUGACAGUUAUUCGUACGGCCGUGUCCUGCGCAUGCGUAGUGGAAAUAGUACGUCGGCACUCAAACACAAUGGCAGCACGAAAACUUGGUACCACGUUCGAAUUUCAUAUUAAUGCAGCAUUUACAUCGUAUGAGAGCUUUCAAGAGUGCGUUGAGCGAUACGAGAACGCCAACUUUUGUAAACUCUACACCAGGAGAUCGCGCACCAUUGAAUCCGCUCUGAAAAGGACCCCCAAACGGCACUUCAAUGAAGCUCUAAAAUUCGCAGAGCUUGAGUUGUGCUGCAUACAUGGAGGCAAGAAGUUCAUCAGCCACUCAACGGGCCUGCGCCCCAACCAGUCGACCUUUCAGAAAGGGUGCCCUUUUAUGAUAAGAGUGAAGGCAACUGAUGAUGGAGAUUAUUUGAUGAUAUCCAGUAUAUCUGGAAAUCACAAUCAUGCCCUUAACAAGGAAUCCUAUGACCACCUGCCAAGUGUUCGCAAGUUGGAUGCUGAUGACAGGAAGAUGGCGGAACAAAUGUUGGCUAUGAAAGUAGACAAGAAAGUUGUGCAGAAUCACUUGAUUCAGAAAACUCAGAAACAAGUUCUCUUAUAUGAUCUGCACAACAUUGCUGCAGCAUAUAAUAAGAGCAAAGGAGAUUGUGAUAGCUUACCAAAAGAGAUGAAGAAGAAAGGAAAUAUCUUGAAAUGAAAGA